GGCUGCGCUCAUCUUGCCCGGCUCCCCCGGCCCCGCUCCCAGCCUGGCUUUUAUCCCCUCCCGGUGGGCUGGGAACGCCCCGAGCGGGCGGUGCUCACCGAUUCCCCCCCUCCCUGCCUUUCCCCCCGGCGACUCCCUGGGGCCGGUCCCAAUUGGUGCCCUCCGACGGCAGCAUCCCGGGGGCGUCGUGGUGCCCUCAGUGUCACAUAAUCCCAGCAGUUCCCUGUACCGACAAGCCGACAGCUCCAGGAGCUGCUUUCCCAGCACCAGUUUACCCAGAUACUGGGCAACCCGACGGCUCCCAAAGCCCUUCCCCCAUCGGAUCCAUAGGGCCUCCAGCCAUGAAGGAGGCUCAGGGAUCCAGUGUCACUAAGUUGGGAAAUGCAGUUGAUGCUGAGACCUUCUCCAUCCCUCCUGAUGUGAAGUGAUCCCACGCAGCACCCGUCGCCUGCCCCCCAGCCUCACCCCCCCCCAUGCCACCCUCCUGCAGGGCUGGCACCAGUCAAUGUUUAACCGGAGCGGUGGUACCGGUUGUGUGGGGCAGACAGAGCUGGCUGCUGGUGGAUCCCACUGGGGCUGAGCAGGCACUGCUGCCGCCCUGAGCGAGGGGUGCUGAGGGAGAAUGGAGGCAGAAGAGGAGCGGGGCUGGAGGCCCCAAGCAGGAACACGGCCUAAAAUGCUCCCACGGAGCCAACUGCGACUGAGCCCCGGCGAGGAGCAGGAAGGCAGAGAAACACGCCUGAGAGUGGUGCUGAGGGUCCGACCACUAACCUGCACAGAGACACGUCGAGGUGACCGGCACGCGGUGCACAGCCUGGGCAAUGGCAUCGUCCAUGUGAGUGCAGCCAGGCACGAUGCCACCUUCACCUUCAGUGCCGUUUUUGAUGGGGGUGCCUCACAGGAGGCCGUCUUUGAGGGCAGCGGCAUGCAGCAGCUGGUGGAGCUGGCAGUGGAAGGUUUCUCCUGCACUGUUUUCGCCUACGGACAGACAGGCUCGGGGAAAACCUACACCCUGAUGGGCCCUCUGGGACAGAGUGAUGCCCCAGGGCUGCUGGGGCUGAUGCAGCGGUCCUUCUCCUGCCUCCUGGAGCAGAGCCGUGGCACCGGCCUGGCGCUCAGUGCCUCCUACCUGGAGAUCUACAACGAGCAGGUGAGGGAUCUGCUGAGUGCGGGGCCGCCACGCACCCUACCCCUGCGCUGGAGCAAAACUCGUGGUUUCUACGUAGAAAACCAACUCAGCGUGGACUUUGAGAGCCUAGAGGCUGUCACUGAGCUGCUCCUGCAAGGUGCUGGGCUGUGGAGCUGGGGUAUGCAUGGGAGGUACUCGCCAGGUCCCCCUGCAGCUUUCUGUUCCAGCAGGUUCCCAAAGGCGACGGACCUCUGCGCACGCCCUCAAUGGGCACUCGAGCCGCAGCCACGCCAUCCUGACCAUCCACAUCCACAACCGAGCAGUGAGCCUUUCCCCUGCUGUGGGGACAUGGGGAGGGAUGGGGGAUUGGGGUCUGGGGGGGUCCUCCAGCCCCAAGGUUGGGGCUGCUUCCUCCUCCCCAAGGAUGCUUUGAUGGUGCUGGGGAGAGCGGCACGGACCGCAUCCCAAACUCAGGAGGUUACACAACGAGGGAGGGAUGGGUGGGAUGCAGGACAGCAUCAUCAUCCAAAUGUGCCCCCCCAGCCUGGCACCAGCAAGCAGGGCACGUUGUGCUUUGUGGACCUGGCCGGCAGUGAGCAGGUGAAGGACACCGGCUCCAGCGGGGAGCUCUCCGUAGAGGCCAACAACAUCAACCGCAGCCUCCUGGCUCUGGGACACUGCAUCUCCCUGCUGGCCAAGCCUCGAGGGAAGCGGAUGCACAUCCCCUACCGGGACAGCAAGCUCACCCGGCUGCUGGCCCGCUCACUGGACGGCUCAGGGAUCACACUGAUGGUCGCCUGCGUCUCCCCGUCCUCGCGCUGCCUCUCAGAGACACUGAGCACACUGCACUAUGCCAGCAGAGCCCGCAAGGUCACCACCAGACCCAUGGCCAACAGGGUGCCUCGGGAGAAGCUGCUGCAAACCUUAGAGGAGGAGAUUCAGUCACUGAAGCUGGAGAACCUCUCCCUGCGGCAGCAGCUCAGCCUGCCCAGGAGCAGGGAGGUGCCAGGGGCAUGGCCUGGUUGGGUGGGCAGGUACAGCCUUGGGGGGCUGCACUGCCCCCCCCUUGAAGGGCAGGUCGCGGCAGAGGGAGCUCCAGCUUGGCCCAGCCUCUAUGGCCUCCUGCGGGACUUUGUGGUGGAAAAUGAGCAGCUCAGGCAGCCCCAGCUGCCCCCAGGCCCCAGCAGUGGUGGCAUCCCGACCAUCCCAUCCUGCAGCCAGGUCCCACACCGGAGCAUCCACAUCCCACUCAGCCACCCCUCAUGGCCCCAGCACUCCAACAUGAUGCCCACCUCUACACAUCGGCUGCCGAAGCUGCCUCCUGCCUCCAGCUGCCCCCAGUGCUGCACCAAUGCCAUUGUAUCCCAGGGAAGUGCCAGCCUCCCGCUGCCUGCCCAGGAUGAUGGCACCGUGCCCAGCUGUUGGCUGCAGAAGGGAAAGCGGAACCAGAGCAGGAGCUGGAGCUCACUGAGGCAGCACGCAGUGCCACAGGAUAGCCAGGAGACAGCAGGCACUGAGGGAAGGGUCGUCCCUUCAGCCCCACCGUGGCCAGGACCACCAGAGCCCAGAGCUGCUGGAGCCAUCCCUGUGCUGCAGUGGGAAGAGACCUCGGAGUGGCUGGAGGAGCUAAUCUGAGCGCUGCACUCACACCGUGAUAGGGACACUUUGGGGACAACGGCGUGCUACAGCGACUGCACAACACACAGACCUUGCCCUGAUGGACAGACAGACGGACACGGCGCUGGUGGUUUAUUUGGGUCUAGCUAGGUGCCGUGCUGCUGGUGGCCGUGGUGGGCCCUGUUCAGGUGCUCUCCUCAUCGGGCUGUGGGCAGUC